CUGAAGAAAAAAAUAUGCUAAUUGAAAAUAAUACUCAUGAAGAUUCAGAAGGAACCAAUAAUCAAAGUAUACUGCAAAAGUGCAUUGAUCAAAACCUGUGCAAACCAAAAAUUAAUUCCGAGAUUGAAGAAAGUUCUUGCUCGAGCCAUGACAGCGCUUACACCUUGCUCAGUUCCCAAGAAGAUUGCUCAAGUGAUUCGUUCAUCAAUAGCUUAGACCACAUGUCUAAAUUACAAACAAAUUCUGAUUACAUACAAUACCCUAAAUCAAUGUUUCAAGAAUUAUCUAAAAAAAGUAUGCUUGUUAAAUGGUUCCAAGGCAAACCUUUGAUUAAACGUGACCAUUACCCUUAUUUGAGAUACAUGAAAAAAAGUUCACAAGCUAAACAAGCUCUUAAUGAGCUGGUGGAUAUUGAUUGUGAUGUUCUAAAACAAGACGAUGAUUGUGGAAGUGAUAUCAAUGAAGUAGUAAUGGAUGAUAGAAGUGUAGAAUUAGUGAAAAGAAAUGAUAGUGAAGUUCAAAUUAAAGACAAUUGUGAAUUGAUAGAAAUCGAAGACAGUUCUAAUUCUAGUGAUGUAAAGGUGAUAGAUAAUGGAGCAAUACGGACAACAGCAAAUAGUUUAGAAUCUAAGGAUACGAGUUGUAAUAAACAAUUGAAAUUUAAAGUGAUGGAGUACAAUUCACCAUUGGAUAAUAUUCAAAAUAGCAGUUCAAAAUGGAAGUGCUCAGACCCCAACGCCAUCCUGUGCCCUUACGAGCUCAUGGGCAGCUGCAGAGACCAGGAGUGCCAAUAUAAACAUUUAUCGAACUGAAGAUACUUCUCUCAGAUCUAAUACAUUUUAUUAGAUCUGAGGGUUCGAUAAAUAUGGGAGAACGGAUGAAAUUCACCUGGGAAAGAAAAUUCACAAUUAACCAGUAAUACAUGAAAUUAGAAAAACCACAGAAAUUUCAAACAAUGGAAUUAUCCAAAUUACGAAGUAAAAAUGUGUGCCAUAAUUUACACAUAAAUAUAAUAGGUUUAUAUGUGUAAUAAUAUCAACUAAAACAAUUCUAGUGUAAUAUUGAGUUUGGACCAAACCAAAUUAUCGUUGUUUCAAAUGAUUACUGGGUAAGUAUGUUUUAUGUAUAACUCUAUAUUAGCACGAGUGAUGUUAAUAAAUAAAGCUGCACCAAAGAGACUCUACGUGAAAUGUUGAAAUAAAUUAAUAGUGAUCAGUGCUGCAAGUGCGAGGACAAAUUGUUAGGUUUUUUCUAUUGAUAUAUAUUUUAUGCAAAAAUUGGUCAUUACAUUUAUAUAUAUAUAUAUAUAUAUAUAUAUAUA